AUGACGGUAAAUCAAUAUUGUAAUUCUGGUGACCUUCGUUCUUUUUUGAAAUCUAAUUUUGAACAUUUGAAAUGGGAAAGUAAAAUUAGAAUUUUAUAUCAAAUUUCAAGCGGGUUACAUUUCAUACAUGAUUGGGCAAAGUUGACACAUAGAGAUUUUCAUCCUGGAAACAUUUUGGUAGAAAAACAGGAAGUUGAAAUCCGCAAGCAAUUUGAAGCUGCUGAUAAAUUUAUUACCGAGAUUGCAAAAUCAUCUUAUGAUAACAUUCAUCCAAAAUCUGUUUAUAAAAGUCAUUACUUUACGUUACAAGAUACACAAAAUUCUAAAAUACCGUCAGUUUCGGAGGAUAAAAUUAAACAAAAUGAUAUUGAGCUUGAUUUCGGUGAGUAG